CAAACACUUCUCUCUUUCACACUGGAUAUUUGACAGAAAGAGAUCUCAUUUUUACCCUCAUUUUUAAUCGACAAUUAAAUUUUUUGGGUGAAGAUAAUUAAGCUACAAGACUGGAUGGUGGAUUUAAGAUGGCUGAUUAAUUUCUUCUUUAUUUGACACAUGUUUUAUCACCAACUGGACUAAGAAGUGGAACUAUUGGACAGACUUCAUUCUGUAAACAAGAUUUAAAAAUGGGUCCUGGAGUGAAAGAGCAUGAAACAGAAACUGGAGGAAGAAAAAAUGUCCGACUCAUCUCUUAUUUCUUUUUGCUGAAUAUCAGCAGUUUGCUCGCUCCAAUCUCAGGAUUUGCAAUGAAGUCCUGCAAAAUCAGUUACAACAUUGCCAUAUGUAAAAAGAUGAAACUCACAGCUGUUCCUCGAGAUAUUCCCUCAGCGGUGAAAGGCUUUGACUUGUCUUCAAACAAGAUUUCAAGAGUACACGUGUCGGAUUUUGAAAAUCUACCAGGUUUGACACAGCUUGACCUCAACCGCAACUCAAUUUCGCUGAUAGACGACGGUGCCUUUGCCAAUCUGAUUUCCCUGAACAAGUUAAAUCUAAAUAAUAACAAACUUUCGGAACUUGGAGCAGAUCUUUUUCACGGUCUGAGCAACCUCACCGAGCUCAGAGUCUCUAGUAACAGCAUCCAAGCUGUGGCAGAGACCACUUUCCAGCCCCUGAAAAGCUUAAAGUUUUUGGACUUUUCUAAAAACAAACUGAAACACAUCACGAAAGUCAAAUCAAUAUUACAGCAUCUGCCAAAUCUGCGAGAACUGUAUCUUAGAAGCAACGGUUUAACCACUUUUUACUCAGAGCAACUGACCAACAGCUCCUUGGUACUUAAAAGCCUCGACUUGUCCCUGAAUCGAAUCACAGAUUUUCGGAUCACUGCAAACGUUUUUCCAAAUCUCACCUGGUUCAACAUCGGUGGAGAUCCUGCAAAGACUGCGAUGAUCUGGGACGUGCGUAACAAGACUUUCUUAAGUCGAGUGUCUACUCUUGAUAUUAGUGGGCUUCGAAUGAAGUUAACUGACAUGGAAACAUUGCUGUGGAUGGUAAACUCCUCACUAACAUCUCUGAGGAUCAAUAAUAUGAAGACAAACCUCCCAGUGCUAGUUCAAACUGCCUGCACUGUCCCAACACUGUCCGUGCUGCAGCUCCGCCGCAACAAAUUCUUUUUUGUUAGUUCAGAUUUGUUCAAGUUGUGCUUCAAUGUAGAAGAGAUCGAUUUAAAAGAGAAUAAGAUCAAAGCCAUCAAAGACGAUGCGUUCAGAUCUCUUCACAGUCUAAAGAUCUUGAGUCUGAGUAACAACAAACUUUCAUCGGUUCCAUGCGCGACAAGGAAUCUAUCAAAUCUGUUAGAGUUGGAUCUCAGCUCCAACAACAUAACCAAACUUGGAUGUGAUGACUUUGCCAAUCAGACAAAGCUAAAACACCUAGACCUUUAUCAGAAUAGAAUCGCAGCUCUCCCAGAAUGCGUUUUCAAGGAUUUAGUACGAUUGCAAGUUCUAAAGUUGCAGAGUAACGGCUUGUCCAAUUUAAAUGGUGCUUUCAAAAGUCCCUUGCCAUAUCUUAAACAACUGCUUUUAAACACAAAUAAACUCACUGCCAUUAAACAUGGGGAAUUCAGCGGCUUGUGGUCCCUCCAGAACUUAUCAUUGCAUGAAAAUCAAAUAUCACAACUUUAUAUUGGGAGUUUCGUUGGAUUGACAAACCUCACACAUCUCCUGCUACAGAGAAAUCUGAUUGAAGAAACCAACGUAAGCAAAGGUGUCUUCAAUGAUCUGAUAAAUUUGAGAAGUUUGGAGCUGAGGGACAAUCACAUUAAAUAUCGCAAUAGUACAUCUUUGCUUCAGGCGCCGUUUUCUCAGCUGUCCCGUCUGGAGAUGUUGGCUAUGCCUACCCAACACGGCAAGGGGGGAUCUCUAUUGCCUCGUAACUUACUGCAAGGUUUGACCAAUCUGUUGGAUUUCAACAUCAGGGACAUUCACCUUUUCUCUUUGCACAAAGACAUGUUUAAUUACACGCCACAGCUGACGAACCUCGACAUCAGCUCUAAUGAACUUCAGGAUCUCUCCCCAGACUGGUUUUCCCAGAUUCCAAACCUUAAAAGCCUUUAUAUUUCCAGAACAAGUCUUACGUCUCUGGAUUAUCUAACAGAUGCCAACCUUACCAAGCUGGAGUUCGUGCAAGCGAGAAAGAAUGAAUAUUCAGUUAUCAGUGAAGAUAUAAUAAACUCCUUGCCAAGUCUAGUUUUUGCAGAUUUCCAAGGGAACGGUUUUACCUGUGACUGUGAUAACGCCUGGUUCAUCCAGUGGAUACAAAACAACAACCAAACUCAGGUUUUUGACGCCUAUAACUUCAAGUGCAACUAUCCAGUGAACCUUAAAGGCAUGAAACUCCUGGACCUUGACAUUCGUCUCUGCUCCGUGGACACCGGGUUCAUCAUGUUUAUCUCCACCACGUGUUCAAUCCUCGUGUUUAUGCUGGCGUCCUUCAUCUACCAUUUCCUGAGGUGGCACCUGGCCUAUGCAUACUACUUCUUCUUGGCUAUGCUCUUCGACACAAAGCAUAAAAACAAGAAACCUCCUAAUCAGUACGACGCCUUCGUCUCCUACAACGCUAAUGACGAGCCCUGGAUCAUGAGAGAGCUGCUGCCCAAACUGGAGGGAGAGCAGGGCUGGAAACUGUGUCUGCACCAUCGAGAUUUCAUGCCAGGUAAACCCAUCGUGGAAAACAUCGUAGACGCCAUCUAUGGAAGCAGGAAGACCAUCUGUGUGAUCAGCCGCAGGUACCUGGAGAGUGAGUGGUGCUCCAGAGAGAUGCAGGUCGCCAGUUUCCGCCUGUUCGAUGAGCAGAAGGACGUUCUGAUCCUCGUCUUCCUGGAGGAGAUUCCCACCGGCGAGCUGUCUCCUUACUACCGCAUGAAGAAACUGCUGAACAAGAUGACCUACCUGAGCUGGCCUCGAGCCGCCGGCCACACCGAGCUGUUCUGGGAGAAGCUGCGACAGGCUCUGAGGACCGGACAGGACCGAGUGGACGAGCACUUCCCCCUCAAUGUGGUGGAUAGUCAGCGAUAGAGUGGAAACUCUCACUGGUUCAGGUUUCCAGCCACUAUAAUUGACUGGUUUGAGUCAUUAAGGCCUCUAAUUAGGCUCUUUUCUAACAAUAAAAAUGGAAUACAUCUAUCCAGAGAGGGGUAUCAUUACUAUUUAUUGCCAAAUAUUGCAUUGAUCAGCAGACUUGAUGAAUUAACGAAUCAGCCAUAAACCUGUGAGCUGUUUAAACCUUAAAAUCUUGUUUUCUACCCCUUGUCUGCAUCUCUUGCUCAGUAGUCUAUAAGUCUGACAGACUGUCUGUUACUGUAUCUCCAAGGCAGCAGAGGAGAGGAAGUGUCGGGGGGGGAAGUCUCUUUUCGUGUUAGUACAGUAUGAUCAUCACUUGACCUAAGAGGAAGUGAGCAAAAUCCCCUCUUCCUGCAGAAGAAUUAAUAAUUGCAAAAAGAUUCGCCUCAGCUCGUGAUGUACUUUGAGGCGAUAGACACAUUUCUGACUAUUUACCAGCAGUAACAAAAUACUUUCAGUCAAGUGUAAAUGUAGAUACUUUUGAGUAAGUCAAUGUUUUCUUGGUACCGUCUGUUUGUGUAAAUGUAUCUGAAAUACAUGUAUUCAUUUACAUAUAAAUCAAAUGUCAA